AUGGGCCCUUUUGAACGUGCACCGGCCGACUGUCGAUUUGUCAUCGUGGUAGUGGACUACUUCUCCAGAUGGCCAGAGAUUGCGUUCUGCAGUGACAUCACUUCUCGCAAGGUGAUCAACUUUCUGCUCGCUGUCUUUGCGCGAGAGGGUUACCCGACUGAACUAGUCUCAGAUCAUGGCCGACAGUUUACGUCGAGUGAAUUCGAGUGCUUCCUUGCAGACAGGGGCAUCAAGCAUUUCUUCUCGACAGUUUACCACCCUCAAGCCAAUGGCUUAGUGGAAAGAUUCAACAGGGCCUUGAAAUCGUAUAUACAACCAGCUCUCCUAGAGCAGCGACCAAUCAAGACCACAGUUAUAAAGUACCUGGGUAUUUACCGAGCCACACCCUACAGCGCCAAUGGCAUCUCUCCAGCAGUGUUUUCUUCAUGGCCGCCACAUGAGGACAUCAUUAAAUGUUGUUGGCCAGCCAUCAGUGGAUUUCGGCACCCAUACUGCCCGUGA